CUUUGUUUGAGAACCAUGAGGCUAUUCUUUUCGGUGUGUACCUGUUUGCUGCUUUUUCUGCAGCAGGCACAAUCCAAGACAGAUGGCAGGACAACCUGCAAGCCAGUAACAGCCAGCUUCUGUCAAGGUUUGGGAUAUACUUCGACUCCUUACCCAAGCGGGGCCCAAGGGUUCAGCCUGUACCAAGUUGGCAAGAUGGUGGAGACCGCCUGCUCACCACAUAUCGCCACGGUCAUGUGUCGCGUUGUUGUACCUGAAUGCGGUUCAGAAAAUGAAAGCCAGAAGAAGCCAUGCCGAGCACUCUGCGACAAGGUCAAGAGGGAUUGUGAGUCCACUCUAAGAGCAAAGUGGUUGUUCUGGCCGUCGAGGCUCCGGUGUGACUCAUUACCAGUUUCUAACUGUGUGCAGGGUGAAGACAAUUCUGUGACUGAAGCUCCUCCAGCAACAUGUGAGGCAAUCACUGUCCCUUUCUGCUCUGGCCUGCCUUACAAUGAGACCAUUCUGCCAAAUAGACUAGGUCACAAAACCCAAGCUGAAGUAGGCCUGGAAAUACACCAGUUUACGCCCUUUGUGAAAGUGCAAUGCUCUCCUCACCUGAAGCCAUUCCUCUGUUCAAUCUACACACCAAAAUGUGUCUCAGCAAAACUCCAGCUACCCUGCAGAACACUUUGUGAACGGGCACAGUCUGAAUGUGCUUCAAUGAUGAGCUCAAAUAACUUUCAGUGGCCCAACUCCUUAAAGUGUGAAUCUUUUACAACUGAGUCUUGUAAAAAGAGUGGUGACUCAGAAGCAUCUCAAUCACAACCAGAUGUUGAGCAUUCUUCACGGAUUUUGGUCAGUCGGGUUGAAGUUUCCCAGAACCGACCACCUGCUCAGGUGCACUCUGGGAGAGAUGACAGUUCAAGCUGCAAGCCGCUAACAACCAACUUUUGUCAAAGUGUGGGAUACAAAACUACCCGUUAUCCAAAUGGAGUCCAGGGCUUCAGCGUGCAUCAGAUUGGCCAGAUUGUGCAGACGGGCUGUUCCCCACAUGUCAAUAUCCUGAUGUGUCGUGUCGUCGUGCCUGAAUGUGGCUCAGGGGAUGAAAGUCGAGUGAAACCAUGCCGGGCUCUUUGUGAAAAGGUCAAGAAGGAUUGUGAGCCUGUCUUAAGAACUAAACGACUCUCUUGGCCAACAACGCUUCGGUGUGAAAGUCUUCCACUGACUGACUGUGUUCAGGGUCCACCUGUCCCUGUUACACAAGCCCCACCAGGAACAUGUCAGCCAAUCACAGUCCCUAUUUGUGAAGAUGUGUCUUACACAAACACUAUUCUGCCCAAUAUUCUAGGCCACAAAUCCCAACAAGAAGCAGGCCUGGCAAUUAAUCAGUUUCUGCCACUUAUAAAGGUUGAAUGCUCUCCUCACCUUAAGCCCUUCUUGUGCUCAGUCUACACACCUAAAUGUGUGUUAGGAAGACCUCAGGCUCCCUGCAGGACGCUGUGUGAAAAGGCCCGCUCAGGUUGUGGAAGACUGAUGAGCAGUUUUGGUUUCCCUUGGCCUGAAUCCUUAAAGUGUGAGUCAUUUACCACAGAGUCAUGUGAAGAGUCUUCUGUCGUUCUUGGAACAUGUCAGACCAUGACUGCUCCUUUCUGCAAAGACAUGUCUUACACAGAAGUAUUUCUGCCCAACAGUUUUGCCCACAAAACGCAGGACGAGGCAAAUCUGGCGCUAGAUCACUUUACGCCUCUUGUGCAGCUUGAAUGCUCUGCUCAUUUGAAGCCUUUCCUGUGCUCUGUCUACCUUCCCAAAUGUGAGUCUGGGAAGGAACUGACUCCCUGCAGGACGCUCUGUGAGAAGGCUCGAUCUGGCUGUGAGCCGCUGAUGAACAGGUUUGGCUUAAACUGGCCUGAAAACCUGAAAUGUGAAGCGUUUACCACAGAGUCAUGUGAACAGUAUGGAAUGAGAAGCAGUGACAAGAUGUGUGAGCCCAUCACCAUACCCAUGUGCCAGCGCCUGUCCUACAACCAGACCAUCGUCCCUAAUCUUCUAGGCCACACAAGUCAGCGGGAGGCCGUCAUGAAGAUGUCUUUCUUCAGCUCUAUUGUGCAGACGGUCUGCUCAGCAGACAUACAGCUGUUUCUGUGCAGGGUGUAUGCCCCAGAGUGUGUGGAGGGGCAAGUCCUGCGUCCCUGCAGGUCAUUCUGUGAAAAAGCCAGAAGGAACUGUGAGAGUUUCAUGAACAGUUUUGGUGUCUCCUGGCCAAAUGAGCUGCAAUGUCAUGCAUUCCCAGAGGAAUCAUGCAUAUCUGAAGAAAACACAAAAGAGAUGCUGAGUGACAAAGAGGUUCUUGCUAAGCUGAACGCUGGUGGCUACACAGUCCGCGGCGAAUCUCUCACUCUCAAGACUGCACACCUGCUGUUGGUGCUGAUGGAUGCAGAUAAAACUGGAGACCUGGAUGUGGUAGAGUUUUUCAAACUGGAGCACUAUGUGGCUGGAAUCAGGAGAGAAUAUUUGGGAAACUAUGACAGCAGGGGUCCAUCUACCGUCACACAAACCCAAAUGAAAAAGGUGGUUGCUUCCCAUGAAUUCAAUUUAGAUGAGGCAACCUUCAGAGCGCUUUGGCUUGAAUACAGCUCCAAGGGUGGAGUUAACUAUGACAAUUAUGUUGCAGCCCUGACAAAACUUAAAAUCCUUAAAGAUCGCUUCCAGGCUCAUUUGCUGAAUCUCUCAUGUGACUGCAGGGUUGCAAGUUUCUCAUUCAACCAGUUCAUGAAAGCUGCCAUAAUCUGAGGAUCAGCAGAACUCAUCAAACUCCACAACACCUCAUUAGAUUUGAAAUAAAGCAUGUAAAAUACUGUGUUGUAAUUCCUGAAGUCGGCUAUUAGUUUAUUAGUGCUUCUAUAGUCAUAACUCACAUUUAUGGGUUUACUGAUUUAUUAUUGAAAAUAAUGUAUUUCCUCAAACCUGAAAAAAUAUUUUAGUACCUGACAAAAACAUCCUACUGACUCUGGGGCAAUAAUUUGAGGAAGAAGUUUUUACUACUAAACAGACUUUAUGAUUAUCGAUAAAAAAGAUUAAACGUACAAAGAAGAAACAUCUGAUUGCAGCAAACAUUCUGUUAGUAUGCCUGCAGAAAAUGUAAACUGACGUAGCUAAAUAAUUAAAUGCAAUGAUCUAAAUUUUUUAUGGUUGGACACUGGAAACAUUUUGAAUCAGAAGAGAAAAUAUUACAUGGAUAUUUGGAAGUGUUUAUUUCUUCAAUUGAAAGUCUUUACAUUUCUUCAUACAUACAUUAAGUCUUUAAUCACUUGAUUUGUUCUCUGCUUACUGAAAAUCAAGUCAUCAUUAUUAGUCUCAAAUCAACAGAUCAAUUUAACACUAGGCUGUUGUAUUUAAUCAAAAACAUUCCAUCUGUAAAAGAUACAUCACAAAGAUAAAUCUUUUGUUCUGAA